UCUCCCCUUCCCAGGAAUGGCCAAGAAGGUGGAUCUCCGGCGAGCCAAGGACGAUAAAGGGCAAACCGCACUUCAUUUCGCUGCGGCCAAGGGGUGCCUGGACAGCUGCAAGUUCCUGGUGGAGGAAUCAGGGCUUGAUGUCGAUUCCGCCACGAAAACAGAUGUGACAUCGAUGUUCUACGCCGCAUUUGGGGGAAAUGUCGAGGUUAUGAGGUACCUUCUCGACCGCGGCGCAGACCCAUCCACGGCCGAUGACAGGGGCUCUGUGUCAUUGCACAAUGCAGCAGAGGAAGGACACUGCGAGGCUGUGAGGCUAUUGCUGUUGAAAGGGGUUCAUGUGGAUCCUAUGGAUCAUCGGGGCACACCAUUACACUUGGCGGUUGCAAAGGACCAUGUUGAGGUUGUGAAGGUUCUGCUGGAGCAUGGUGCUAAUCCCAACAGAGUGGCUAAUCACGUCUUUUCACCACUCAUGAUGGCCGUCUGUGGAAAGGCCUUGAAAUGCAUGAAGCUACUGAUUGAGGCUGGCGCUGAUGUGAAUGUUCAUGGUUACUCUGGACCAACUCCUUUAACGGAGGCAGUUGAUGAUGGCUUAAUGGACUUUGUCAUGAUUUCACUAGAGGCUGGAGCCGACGCUAACAUCCCUAACCAGCAUGGCGCAGUUCCAAUUGAGCUAGCAGCAGCUCGUGGUCAACGUGAGCUUGUUGAAAUUCUGUUUCCUAAGACAAAACCCAUUCCAUCUCAGCCAGUUUGGAGCGUUAAUGGGAUAAUGAAUACUGCAAGAUCACCACGUAUCAAGCAUCAGGACGCAUCUUCUGUGGAACAACGGAUAGCUGAUUUGAAGUCACGAGGAAAGGAAGCAUUUGGAAAGGAAGACUAUAUUACAGCGAUGUACUUCUAUGGCCUGGUAAUGGAUAUAGACCCACUUGAUGCCACCAUGUUUGCUAACCGGAGCCUCUGCUGGCUGCGGAUGCGAGAAGGGGACAGAGCUUUGGAAGAUGCACGGCAAUGCAUAAUGAUGCGGCCCCAUUGGUCCAAGGCAUGGUACCGUGAGGGCAAAGCUCUCAGUUUCAUGAAGGAUUACAAAGGAGCAGCCGACGCGUUCCUGAAAGCACAGGAACUGGACCCUAAGAGUGACGAGAUCACCAAAGCUCUGAGGGAGGCUGUCAGUGCGAUGGAGGAGCUGCGCGUGUGAUAUAAGCAGCUGCCAGUGCCGGGUCGCUCGGAGAGGAGGAAGAAGAGAACGAGACG